UUACAGGUCGACUGAUAUUUUUCCGAUAGUUCUGUAUGUCUAUUAUGGGCCAUUGGUACCUUCCCACUGCUUUUGAUCUCUUAAAGUUAGUGACGAACGAUAAAAUAUCGUAGAUGCCUUCAUUGGUUGUGUUGGGACGACGGUGGAAUAUUGCCAGUGAUGAUUUCGUAUUUCCAUCUUUGUCCGAAAUAUUAGUUCGCUUAGCGUGGAUAUCACUGACAUGCAUUAUAUUUAUGUUGAAGAAGUGGGAAAGUUGCACUGGCCAACACUUUCUCAUUAGUCUUUUUUCAUUAAUUAGUAUCAAUGGCAUAACUAUUUUAACGUGUUUUGUCAUGGCCGUGGUUAGUGCGCGUGGAUCUAUCCUGGAACCACAUAAGCGACAUCACGUCACAAAAAUUAUCUACAUACGUGUACCAUUGUUUAUUUGUGAAAUUACCAUUACUGGUGUAUCAACGAUCUUCGCUUAUGGAAGUUCAGUUCCAUGUAGUCUUAUUACUAUACUGCGUUUAACAGUUUUGCUUCAAUGGGCCCUGAUAGUAACAGUUUUAGUUGGUAUUGCUAUUGUAUUUAAUCCAUCUGGUGGUAAUCGUAUACAGCCAAGUUUCCGGACUGAAAAUCGAGUUUGGAUGUUACGUCUUAAGUUGUUUUUGUUGAAAAGAAAUGAAGCAAUGCGUGCAGCAUUAAAGGAUAUUGCCAUUCUUACAACAUCAUUUUUUGCCGACGUUGAUCUGGUAGCAUCCGACAUUCUAGCUGGUCUUCUAUUGCUUGUUCAUGCUCCUCAUCGACCACCCAGUUCAACCACUUAUGUCCCGGAAAUCGAACCACCAGAUUGGAUGACAUUGGAGAAUGCGCGUUAUAUGGCAAAAUAUAUAGCAGCCAUAUAUGGUUGGGAAAUUUACAUGUUUUACAAUUGUGGUUGUUGCGAUUGGCUAAAAGUAUGUAAAAAGAUUAAAUGUUGUGGAAAAUGCUGCAACAGGCAAGAUUUUCCGAUUAGAGGUGAUAAUUGCUGUGCAUGUGCUACAGCUACCUUCCUGGCAGUGACAGAGUGUAAGGAAACUGAUAUCAUCUUCGUUUCAUUUGCAAACGAACUCUAUCAGGUGCCGUUUGUUGUACUUGUGGAUGUAAAAGCAAAAAGUAUUGUAAUAACUAUACGUGGUACAGCUUCGAUGAUGGAUGCGAUCAAUGAUUUAUCGCUUGAUGAUGAAGCAUUUUCAGUAGAUGUCGAUCAGGAUCCGAUUCUUUCUCGAGAUGAAAAGUUGGAUGCUCCUGAUAAGGAAGUGCGCGUACAUCGUGGUAUGUUGCGUAGUGCAAGAUAUGUGCUUGAAGUAUUACGUGCGGGUCGUAUUUUAGAAGGUUUAAAAAUGAGAUAUCCGGAUUUUACACUCGUUUGUUGUGGACAUUCAUUAGGUGCUGGAGUUGCAACAUUGCUUACAUUGCUCCUCAAGCAAUCAUUCAGUCCUAUACAGUGUUUUGCAUACUCUCCUCCAGGAUGUGUCAUCAGUGAAAAUGGUUUAAGAGAAACACAAAAAUACGUAUUUAGUGUUUACAUUGGUGAUGAUAUUGUCCCACGAUUAUCAUUUCAGACAUUAUGUAGGUUGAAAUAUGAUGUGAUCAUGUCAUUGGCAUACAGUAAUUCACCGAAAUAUAAAGUUCUGCUUCGCGGUUUUUAUCAGUUAUGUUUUUCUCAUCCAUGGCAAACUGGUCAAGAUAAUCAUGAGGAGGAUGCAACUGUAAACAUUAAUGAUCGACUCCCAUUAGUUUUCCAUAGUUCUCUUUUGAUUAUUGAUGAUAAUGCAGAUAAUGCAGGGGAAAACAAUCCUGCUGAAAGAUGGGCAAAAAAGCGGACGAAGUCAUUUGUUUCAUUUCUAAUCAGUCUGUACUACAGCUCGCUGAAUGAAAUCAAGCUGUCAAGUGCUGUUAUCAGUGACCAUUUACCAUAUAAUGUGUUAAAAGUGCUUAACAUGGAGCUUAACUUAGAUGCCUGA